GCAGUGGAGUCGGGGUGAAGCGGGUAUGGGGGAGCUUCCCAGAGCCUGGGGCUGGGUAGUCCGUGCAGGAGAAUACAGUACCCGUGGUGGCAGUAACUGCAGCAGGAGUAGAGGUGGCGGCAUUCUCAGAAGGGGCUGCAGCUCAGACUCAGGCAGCCAAGCAGACAAUAACCGCGCUGGGAGCCACAUCGGGCCGGACCCCACUGUGAUGCUUCCUGACUGAUCAUGUUAUAACCAUACCUGGAAUCCCAAGGCUGCAUUUCCAGUUGAAUGUAUCACAGUUAUCUCCAUCAUUAUGGAGACCCAAAAGGAUGAAGCUGUUCAGAUCAAAGGAGCAUCAUACUCCAGGGAUACCCGAGACCACAGAGCCGAAAAAGGGACCAAGAAUAAGACAGCUGAGGCAACAGAAGGGUCAACACCAGAGCCACCCUUAUCUGGCCCAGGUAGGCUGAAGAAGACUGCAAUGAAACUCUUUGGUGGCAAGAAGGGAAUCUGUACUCUGCCUAGUUUCUUUGGAGGAGGGCGAAACAAAGGUUCUGGAAAAGGCAGCACUAAGAAGGGUCUAAACAAGAGCAAGACCCAUGAUGGCCUGAGUGAAGCAGCCCAUGGUUCUGAAGAUGAUGUCAUUGAAGAAACAGCUUUCUCUCUACCUUUACUCAAGACAUCUUGUCAAUUUCCCAGCUCCCAGAGUGCACAUGGGUCUUUGGAGAUGGACUCCAAGCAUAAGACAUCUACAGCUGGAGCCACAGAAAAAGCUGGAGUUGAGAAGCUACCAUCUGUUCACAAACCAAAGAAAGGCCUGAAAGGCUUUUUUAGUAGUAUCCGCCGUCACCGGAAGAGCAAGGUUGCUGGGUCUGAGCAAAGUGAGCCAGGGGCCAAGGAACUUGAGGGGGCGAGAACCAGGUCUCAUGAGCACGUGAGCUCAGCCUCUCUACCUAGCUCUGAGGAGGCCUUCCAAGCCACUAGGAAGGAAAAUGCCAAACCCCAAGAUACCCUUGGAUUAAAAAUUUCUCCAGCACCAGAAUCUGUUCCACCAAUUGAGAAGGCAGCCUGUAAAAAUCCAGACAAACUCACAAGGACUUGUGCCUUAGAACUCAUGCAGCCCAAGCCUGUUCCUGAAGCUAGCAGCCUAGAGGAGACCCACAGUUCAGCAAUAGAAGAGAAGGUGGUGACAGAAGAGGAAAAUCCACCCAGUGGCCCUGCUGAGGAUCAACUGAGCCUCCUCUUUGGGGAUGUCACAUCUCUGAAAAGCUUUGACUCUCUGACAGGUUGUGGUGACAUUAUAGCUGAACAGGAUAUGGAUAGUAUGACGGAUAGCAUGGCCUCUGGUGGCCAGAGGGCCAACAGAGAUGGGACCAAGCGUAGUUCCUGCCUGGUGACCUACCAAGGAGGUGGGGAGGAGAUGGCCUUGCCAGAUGAUGAUGACAAUGAGGAAGAAGUGGAGGAUGAGGAGGUAGAAUUAGAGGAUGAAGAAGUCAAGGACGAGGAAGAAGAUGAUGACUUAGAGUAUCUAUGGGCAAGUGCUCAGAUAUACCCAAGAUCUAAUCUGAACCUGGGUUACCAAACUGCCACAUCCCCCAGCCACCAAGGUUACAUGCUCCAUGACCAAGUUCAGUCUUAUCCUGGCCUCGCCCCUGAGGAACUUCUGACUCCUCAGAGUGACCAGCAAGAGUCUGCUCCCAAUAGUGAUGAAGGUUAUUAUGAUUCUACCACACCUGGAUUUGAGGAUGAUUCAGGUGAGGCCCUGGGGUUUGUCCACAGAGAUUGCCUGCCUAGAGACAGCUAUAGUGGAGAUGCCCUGUAUGAGUUCUAUGAGCCGGAUGAUAGUCUUGAUAAGUCUCCACCAGGGGAUGACUGUCUUUAUGAUCUCCAUGGUCACAGCUCUGAGAUGUUGGGUCCUUUCGGGAACUUUGAGCCCUUUUCUUCUUCUCGGCCACCUGGGGCAAUGGAAACAGAGGAAGAAAGGCUAGUGACCAUCCAGAAACAGUUGCUGUACUGGGAGCUUCGCCGGGAGCAGCUUGAGGCUCAAGAAGCAUGUGCUAGAGAGGCUCAUGCUAGGGAGACCUAUGUCCGAGACACCCACACUCGGGAAGUUCAUGGCAGGGAGGUCCGAACCAGAGAAGCCCCCGCCCGAGAGGUUCAUGCUCAAGAGAGUCAAGUACGAGAGGCCAAGAUCCGGCAGGAAAAGCCCACCUUGGAGUAUCAGAUGAGGCCUUUAGGCCCGUCAGUAAUGGGCCUGGUGCCGGGAACAUCAGGAUCUUCUCAGACUUCCCACCGGGGAACAACCUCAGCUUUCCCCGCUACUUCUAACAGCGAGCCAGACUGGAGGGAUUUCCGUCCUUUGGAAAAGCGUUUUGAGGGGACUUGCUCCAAAAAAGAUCAAAGUACCUGUUUGAUGCAGCUUUUCCAGAGUGAUGCCAUGUUUGAGCCAGACAUGCAAGAAGCAAAUUUUGGAGGAUCUCCCAGGAGGGCCUACCCUACUUACUCACCCCCUGAGGAGCCAGACGAAGAAGAAGAUGUGAAGGAAGGGAAUGCCACUGUUAGUUUCUCACAGGCCCUCGUGGAGUUUACCAGCAAUGGAAACCUUUUUUCCAGCAUGUCUUGCAGCUCUGAUUCUGAUUCAUCCUUCACUCAAAACCUUCCUGAGCUGCCCCCCAUGGUGACCUUUGACAUCGCUGAUGUGGAACGGGAUGGCGAAGGCAAAUGCGAAGAGAGUCCUGAGUUCCACAAUGAUGAAGACCUUACAGCCUCCUUGGAAGCUUUUGAGCUGGGUUAUUACCACAAACACACCUUCAACAGCUGUCACAGUCGAUUCUACCAAGGCCUGCCCUGGGGUGUUAGCAGCCUUCCUCGAUACCUGGGGCUCCCUGGCAUACACCCUCCACCUCCACCUGCUGCAAUGGCACUUAACAGGAGAAGCCGCUCCCUUGACACUGCAGAGACCCUAGAGCUAGAGCUCUCCAGUUCUCACCUAGCCCAGGGUUACCUGGAGUCUGAUGAGCUACAGGCCCACCAGGAAGAUUCAGAUGAAGAAGGUGAAGAAGAGGAAGGAGAAUGGGGCCGAGAUAGUCCCCUGUCCCUCUACACUGAACCUCCAGCAGCCUAUGACUGGCCUGCCUGGGCUCACUGUCCUCUUCCAUUAGGGCCAGGCCCUGCUUGGAUAAGUCCCAGUCAGCUGGAUGGGCCUUUCAGUCAGUCUCCAUAUGGACAGGCAACCUGUUGUGUACCUCCUGUGGCUAUGUCAGUGUCAGUGCCAGGGCUCCCAAGAGCACCUGGAGAGUCUCUGUCUCAGCUAGCUCGACCUUCACAUCUACCCCUCCCUAUGGGCUCUUGCUAUAACCUUCAGCCACAGGCCUCCCAGAGUGUGAAAGCCAGGCCUCGAGAUGUACUGCUGCCUGUCGAUGAGCCCAGUUGCUCCUCCAUGUCUGGAGGUUUUAGCUCCAGCUCUCUGUCCCAGGCCAAGCCUGUGGGCAUCACCCAUGGUAUCCCUCAGCUUCCCAGGGUGAGGCCUGAUCCCCUUCACCCUCAGCCCAGUCACUACAGAGCUUCCAACCUUGACCUGCCAAAGGAGAGGGCUGAGCAUGGUACCUCUCCCUCCACCAGCUACUCCUCCACUGCCAUGAAUGGAAAUCUAGCCAAAUAGUCAUCAACUCCAGAGUGGAGGACCAAGCAUGUGAAUGGGGGUUGGGGUUGGGCAGAGGGGUGGGGUGGGGGUUGCUGUUUAACUUGAAAAUCCUUCUGGCCAAGAAAACUCCUUAGAGUUUUCACCUUCGUUUUCCUUCUACCUUCUGCUGUCUAUGGCCAGGCUCAGUUCAAGUACAUCUGGCUAGGGAGGCUGCUGCUUCUGUGCUCCAGUUCUUGCUUUGGGGUUUCUUAUGACCCAUAUAGGGUUUGUGAUGCAUACUUAUUGCAGGCUAAAGCCCCUCUUCUCUCUUCCCUUAUUGACUGAUGAACCACUGAUGAGCAGCUGAGUUUGUACUGCCUCUCACUCAAGAAAUAGGAGGCUUGCUGGCGAUUAGCAAUGUGAAGUUAUGGUACAUAUCCUUUCCACCCCUGUUCCUUUUGGCUUUGGAAUAGAUGCUGACAUUACAUCAAAUGACUAUAAGCUGUUUAUCCCAGUUAGUUGUCCUUAGAAAGAAUCAUGUAGCAUGUGUCUCACUGCCUACUGUUGUGGACUUUGGCAUCACAACCAGAUGAGGUCCUUUUAACCUGGCCUGCCAUAGCUUGGGUUGAAGACAAAAACACUAAUCACUAUAAUGGAGUAAUUAAAUUUCUGUUCAUUUUCAAGCAGAAUACAAAGAAUGUGAAAACUGCUAUAGGGUCUUGAGCUCUGGAAUGUAAGGGUUUUCUUUUUGUUGUUUGUUUCUUAAAUGCCUGUGGCUGUUGCAGGUACUUUAGAAUUUCCUUUUUUUUGCCUCUGGAGAAGGUUUUCAUAAUCUCAUCACAAGGAAUAUAGUGUCUUAAUUGAGAUAAAGGAAGAGAAGAAAACUAAAUUGGGCUUGGUUUUAUGGCUUUAGGUUUUUGUGGGAUGUCAGGGAAGAAAACAGAAAAGAAAACCCAUUUAUCCCAGACAGCAGGAAGGGAUGUCAGACUUUGGAGUUAGAUGCAACUCAGCUAAGAAGGGAAAACUUUUCCCAUCCUUCCUCCCAAACCCAAAAAUUUCUUUAAGCCUUGCCUACACCUUCAUUUUGAUGCUGUAACGUGGUUUUAGGCUUAUACUUCUAAGACAGGAUACCAAAGGCAUCUCACAUAUUAUUCUGGACACUCUGAAACACUUUCAUCUUCCAAUUAGCCAAGUUCUCCAUAUUGUGAAAGGAUAAUGAGAGGAAAGCUUGUGCUUCGCUCUUCCAAGCUGUGGGACUGACUUGCAUCACAGUUGCAGUCCUUUAUGAAACAAAUAGCACCCUCCCUUCUCCCUCCAUGCAGUUUUCUCCUCCUCCUCCUCCUCCUCCUCCUC